UUUUUAGUGGCUAAAGAUGGCUGAAGCACCUCAAUGGCCCAGCCGGUUCUUCUGUCAUAGAUGUUCAGCAGAGAUCAGUCCUCGGCUUCCUGAGUAUACAUGUCCAAGAUGUGAGUCUGGGUUUAUUGAAGAGCUGCUGGAGGAGAGAAGUGCUGACAAUGGAUCCAUGUCGAACAUCUCCAGCGGGCCCCAGAACCAGCAACCAUUUGAGAAUGUAGACCAGCACUUGUUUACAUUCCCUUCUGGCUAUGGUCAGUUCGCCCUGGGUGUCUUUGAUGACAGCUUUGACUUCGGGGCUGGACUGGGAACCGAGGAUAACCGUGAUGCUGAAAACCGGCGGGAAAGGGAGACGGCAUCUCGGCAGCGCUAUGGCGCCAGGCAACCAAGAAGUCGUCAUGGUUCAAGACGACAAGCAGGGAGGAAUGAGGGAGUUCCCACGUUAGAGGGAAUCAUUCAGCAGCUAGUGAAUGGAAUAAUUGCACCCACAGCAAUGCCAAAUAUUGGUGUUGGACCAUGGGGUGUUCUUCACUCAAAUCCUAUGGAUUAUGCUUGGGGUGCGAAUGGACUAGAUGCUAUUAUAACACAGUUAUUAAAUCAGUUUGAGAACACGGGACCCCCACCUGCUGAUAGAGAUAAAAUAAAAAGUCUUCCUACAGUACUAAUAACAGACGAGCAUGUUGCUUCAGGACUUGAAUGUCCAGUGUGUAAAGAAGAUUACAGUGUUGGGGAAAACGUGAGGCAGCUCCCAUGCAAUCACAUGUUCCACAAUGAUUGCAUAGUACCCUGGCUGGAACAGCAUGACACAUGUCCAGUGUGCAGGAAAAGCUUGAGUGGACAGAACACAGCAACCAACCCUCCAGAAUUAUCAGGGAUGAACUUUACCUCCUCCUCUUCCUCCUCCUCGUCCUCUUCAUCUUCCUCUACUCCUCAAUCCUCAAGUUCGACCAGCAAUGAGAGCUCCACUGAUAAUUCGUAGAAGAACAUUUGUCCAUCUCACCCUAUGAGCUGUCUAGAGCUCAUAUGUUGCUGUACUUUAGAGCGGGGACCUCCAGUCUCUGCCUGCCAUAGGGUAGAGACCUGAGUGCAUCUCCCCGGGAGCACUCAGGGGUAAGUGAUACAUGAUACCCAUGUAUUUCGGCCAGUCCUGUUGCUCCCACCUUCAUCAGGAAUCUGAACAAAGGAAGGGUGGAGGCCUGGAGUGCAGCUUCUGUCAGGGAGGAUGUGGAGACACAUGGAAAAGGCUUUAUCUGCCUGAAUCACCUCAUACAGGAAGAGAUGACAAAGGAAUCCAAAGGUAGAAGACUUGUGACAACAAGACAGUUGCUGUUCUUUUUUAAAAUCUCCUUUAAGACCCACUUUUGCUAAUGAAGAAAAAUAAGAAAUGUACAAUUACUCCUUUUUAUAAGUAGCAUUCAUAUCUCACAGAUAAGAUGACUUAAAGUGCACUGUAGUGCACUAUUUAAGUGUGCACUUAAUUUUCUUCAUGGUUUGGAAGGAUAUUACAUGUGAAUUCUUUAAUUCUCAACAAAAUUGCAAUUAUUUUAUUGUCAAGAUCCACUUGCAGUUUUAAGGUAACCAGACUGGAUAACAGGUACCAUUGUUUGCACUUGAAAUAAUGCGUCAAAUUGCAGUAAUUUUGUGUUGUUUAGAUAAUGAUGUGGAUAAAUAAUCAUUAAUUAAUUACACACUUUAGGAUUUUAUUUUUUAUUCUGCAAGCCUAAAAAUGUGGAUCGUCUUUUCACAUUAUACACUUAGAAACAUUUCAGUGCAUUUGUGCAUUUUAACUUAAAGGUAAAUUAAAUAUUUUCUAAAGUUGCCAGUUGAAAAACUAUUGAUUUGCAGUAUGAUCGUGUACAAAAGAAAAGUGAAGAAAAAAAAAGUGAACUGAUAUUAAAAUAAAGAUGUUUGGGUGCU